AGACUAAAAGAGUAACAAGAAGAAGACUUGUCAUAUAAAGCUCAGCUCUGAGUACGUAACACGAAACCUUAGCCAACGCACUAUUUCUCUCUCUCUCAAAGCGUUCCAAAAGUGAGAAACGAAUGAUGCUCAGAAGAACCAUAUAGCUGGGAAAAAGCAAAGAACCAAAUAAAGCUUUAAUCUUUAUGUUCCCUACCUAUCACAUAUAGUAUUAGUCCAAAACGUAUUGAAAUUCGUUUAAGAGAAGAAAAAGGAGAGACACCCCUCGAUUUGAAACUAUCUCAGCUCUUUUAGUUUUCUUCCUCUCAAAAAAUCAGCAUGGGUAUUUGCUUUUCUUGGUCGAAAUCCCACGAAAUUCCAAUCUCUUCCUCCUCUGAUUCUCCUCCUCCUAGCUACCAACAAUUACCCAAGAGAACCCAUGAACCAUGGAACCCAACAGCAUCAAGUUCUUACGAUACUAAAACCCCUUCUUCUUUUAUUCAAAAAGGGCCCAUCUUGCAAAGACCUUAUGAUGAUAUAAAAUCGAUUUACAAGCUCGAAAAGGAGUUGGGAAGAGGUCAGUUUGGGGUAACCUAUCUCUGUGAAGAGAAGGCCACUGGGAGAAAAUACGCCUGUAAGUCAAUUGCCAGAGGAAAACUUGUUACUGACAAAGACAUUCGAGAUGUCAGAAGAGAAGUCAACAUUUUGCAACAUCUUACAGGUCAACCCAAUAUAGUUGAGUUUAAAGGAGCUUACGAGGAUAAGCAUAAUCUGUAUUUGGUUAUGGAGUUGUGCUCUGGGGGUGAGCUUUUUGAUCGGAUUACAGCUAAAGGGAGCUAUUCUGAGCGUGAAGCAGCAAGAAUUUUCAGGCAGAUUGUGAAUGUCGUUCAUGUUUGUCAUUUCAUGGGAGUAAUGCAUAGAGACCUAAAGCCUGAGAAUUUCUUGCUUGUUAACAGAGAUGAACAUUCACCCAUUAAAGCCACUGAUUUUGGACUCUCUGUCUUCAUUGAGCAAGGAAGAGUUUACAAGGACAUAGUAGGAAGUGCCUAUUAUGUGGCCCCAGAAGUAUUGAGGCGAAAUUAUGGGAAGGAGAUUGAUGUUUGGAGUGCUGGAGUCAUUUUAUACAUUCUUCUAAGUGGGGUUCCUCCAUUCUGGGGAGAGACCGAGAAAACGAUUUUUGAAGCAAUUUGGGAAGGAAAACUUGACUUGCAAAGCUCACCAUGGCCUUCUAUAUCUGCUUCUGCAAAGGAUCUCAUUGCAAAGAUGUUGAGGAUAGACCCUAGAAGAAGAAUUACAGCUGCUGAAGCCCUUGAACAUCCAUGGCUGAAGGAAGAUGGUGAAGUCUCUGAUAAACCUAUUGACAGUGCUGUUCUAAUAAGGAUGAAGCAAUUCAGGGCAAUGAACAAAAUGAAGAAACUUGCUCUCAAGGUAAUAGCAGAGAACCUUUCAGAAGAAGAAAUCCAUGGUUUGAGACAAAUGUUCAACAACAUGGACACAGAUGGAAGUGGCACAAUCACACUAGAAGAAUUGAAAACUGGGUUGUCUCGAUUGGGAUCUAAGCUUUCUGAAUCUGAAAUACAGCAGCUGAUGGAAGCUGCUGAUGUUGAUCAAAACGGGGCUAUAGAUUACAUCGAAUUCAUUACUGCUACCAUGCAUCGACACAGACUUGAUAGAGAUGAAAACUUGAGGAAGGCUUUCAAAUAUUUUGACAAGGAUGAAAGCGGUUAUAUCACAAGAGAAGAAAUAAGGCAAGCUAUGACUCAGUAUGGAAUGGGUGACGAAGCUAUCAUAGAUGAAAUCCUUGAUGAUAUUGAUACCGACAAAGAUGGAAUGAUCAACUAUGAAGAGUUUGCUCACAUGAUGCGGAAAGGGACGGUAGAUUAUGAAGAUAAACAAAGAUAAAACAUUAGUGUGUUAAAUGUGAUUAUGGUAAUUGCUCUAUAUAGUAUAUAUAUCUUGCCUUUUUUCUCAUCUUUUGAAUAAGUUUACUGCCCAAGAGUUUGUGGAUGUUCAAUGUUGUAUGAUUAAUCAAGCAAGGCCUUUCCAAUUUGUAUGAAAUUACAAAAUAUCCCUUUAUUAAGCCUUUGUUAGUUUGUUUGUGGGCU